AUGGCCAACGUCGAGGCGAAUCAAAAGUCCGCCAUCGAGGGGGCGGACGUCGCGGACGUCGCGCCAGAGCCUGUGACACCGACAACGUCUAUUGAGGAAGCCAAGCGUUCUUCAGACGAAUCAUCCGUCCCGAGUCGAGAUGUCCUAUAUGCCGCUGGAAUUGGUCUAAGACCCGAUGACCCUUCGUUGCCAUGCCUUACUCUCCGCAUGUGGGUGAUUGGUAUUGGAUUUUGUCUUUUGGGUAGUGGCGUCAACACCUUGUACACGUUCCGGUUCCCUUCCAUCAGUCUCUCCCAGUCAGCGAUCCAGUUUCUGGCAUACCCUGUUGGAAAAGCAUGGGAAUUUGUUGUUCCCGACUGGGGUUUCAACAUCAGGGGUAAUCGCAUCAGCCUGAACCCAGUCUAUAUCAUGGCCAACCUUAGCUUCUUGACCCGGCUGAGUGCCGACGUCUUGACUGAGCAGCGAGUCUUUUACGGGCUUGAGGCAGGAUGGGGUUUUGAGUUGACCGUUACACUGUCAACGAUUCUCUACGGCUUCGCUUUGGCUGGACUGUGCUAUGCAUUAGUCGUUGAGCCUCCAGGGUUGCUGUGGCCUGGUGUUCUCGGAAACACGGCUCUCAAUGCCGCACUGCACACUGGCAAGAGAGAGGACGAGACGGAGUAG